AUGAGAUUUUACCCUGGACCCAACAUUACAACUUCUGACAUUUCUCAUUUUUUCGCCAGACUGAAGCUCAUCUCAUUCUGGAGGGGAACAUCUCUCAUACCGCUGAGUGUUGUAUACACAGGGAAAGAACACGAGCGACCGUCUAUGUUUGACAGUGCAUCUAUCUUGACAGAAGAUUCUGCUGAAGGAUUUGCGAAACCCCAAAAUCUUUACCACCUGUUUCAGUCACCGGAAAUUACCAAGCAGUUCCCCGAAAUCUUCUCGAAGCCCCGGGUUUCUGUCCGAGAAAACGGGUCUCAGAUCAGUCGUAUUUCCGAUCUACUUCCGGAUCUUCACACCGGAAAGAUCUGCCCGCAAACGACUCCAUUUCUUCUUAUCACGAAAUUGUCAUUGGUAACGUAUGACGCAUUCGAAGUCAACUACCGUCGAAAU